CUUCACAAGAAAACCCUAUGCCUAAAAUUGCCCAAAUUUGCUGAACCCAAAAUCACCUAAAAUUGUUGAAAAUCAUCUGGAUUUUCUUCACUCGAAUCACGCACCAUCUUCACUAGUUCACCUAAUCGGUUGCUCUUCGUCUCCACCCUUCUUCUCUAUAUGUUCUGGCUUUCUUUCUUUCUUCGCCAUUUUCACCGUAACCCACAAAAGCCUACACCCAAAAUCGCCCAAAAUCGCCCAAAAAUGCCGAACCCAAAAUUGCCCAAAGUUGCCAAAAAUCAUCUUACCUUUUCUUCCCCUACUCAUGGAAUCACCUAAACCCAGAAUGUGUUCGAGCAACUGCUGUUAACCGUGGAAUUUCUCAUUUAUUUUGUGUUGAUUUUGGGUUGUAAUAGCUACUGUUAAUCAUGAAUUUUCUUGUUGAUUUUGUGUUGAAUUUGGGUUGGUGAGAUCUGUUAUUAAUUGUUGUUGAUUUUGGGUUGUGCUGUGGUAUUAUGGUUGAUUUGGAUUUUGAUACAUAUAGUUUUUGUUUUAUAUUGUUGUAGAAGAAUGAUGAGGCUUGAGUUGAAUUUUGGAUAACAUGUUGCUGGAUAAGGAGUAAACAUUGAUGAAUAAGCACCUCUAAUUGAAAAGAGAGAAUUCAAACCUACUCCUAUAAUUGAAAAGAGAGAAUUUAGACCUACAUGGAGAGAUUAACUAUUUGAAAAUUUUGAACUCUGAAAUGGGGAAAAAGAUCAGAGAUCAUGAGAUGGUUGCUUCAAUUUGGUUGAAUUUGAAAAUGUGUUUUCUAUGGUAUUGCUUAUUUGGCAAUUAAGUUAUGUUAGAUAGUUAUCUACAUUUGUAGAGGGUCUUUUUGUCUACUUUUGUAAUGGGCCCCUUAUGCCAAGCCAGAGCAAUCUCCUAUGUAUUGCAAAUGUGAAAUGGAAUAUAUGACUAUUUUUUUG